GGGCGGGACUUGAGGUGCCCAUUGCGCAUGCGCUCGCUCUUUCAGGUCCUAGUAUCCAGCUUGUGGGGUGGGGGGAGGGUAAUAGGGCCGCGUUCCUCUGGGUCGCCCCCUUCCGGCCGAAAAAAAUGGCAGGCCUUCAGCGGCUUCGUGGACGAGCUCAGGGCUAAUCGAGGGAGGCCUGGGCAGGAGGGGUAAAUUCGAAAAUGGCGGAAGGGGAAGGAGGAGGGGCUUUGCUGGGCGGGGGCAGAGGCCAGGAGACUGCGCGGGCGGGCGCCGGGGGCGGAUGGGCAGUGCCGUGUGCUGUGUCUCUUUGAGGCCCUGACGUGAACGCACUUUGGAUUCCCCGACUCGGGGUUCCUCCCGGGGAUAGGCGGGCUGCUACGUGCGAGCUGGGGAGACUAAGAGACUUCCGUUUCCUUCUAGCCGGGGCCUGGCCUCCGGGAGGAGUUGGCAUUUCCAGAUUGGGGCUUGGGCCGCCCCUCCUCCAGGACCCUCCCCUCAGCACUGCGCGGUGCGCCCCGGGCGAUCCAGGCCGGCUCUCAAGGCGCGAAAAGGUGGACAAGUCCUAUUUUCAAGAGAAGAUGACUUUUAACAGUUUUGAAGGAUCUAAAUCUUGUGUACCUACAGACAUCAAUAAGGAUGAAGAAUUUGUAGAAGAGUUUAAUAGACUAAAAACUUUUGCUAAUUUUCCAAGUAGUAGUCCUGUUUCAGCAUCAACGCUAGCACGAGCUGGUUUUCUAUAUACUGGUGAAGGAGACACAGUGCGGUGCUUUAGUUGUCAUGCGGCAGUAGAUAGAUGGCAAUAUGGAGACUCAGCAGUUGGAAGACACAGGAAAGUAUCCCCAAAUUGCAGAUUUAUCAAUGGCUUUUAUUUGGAAAAUAGUGCUGUGCAACCUACAAAUCCUGGUGUCCAAAAUGGUCAGUACAAAGCUGAAAACUAUCUGGGAAACAGAAAUCAUUUUGUUUUAGAAAGGCCAUCUGAGACUCAUGCAGACUAUCUUUUGAGAACUGGACAGGUUGUAGACUUAUCAGACACCAUAUACCCGAGGAACCCUGCCAUGUGUAGUGAAGAAGCUAGAUUAAAGUCGUUUCAGAACUGGCCAGACUAUGCUCACUUAACCCCUAGAGAGUUAGCUAGUGCUGGACUCUACUACACAGGUAUUGAUGAUCAGGUGCAGUGCUUUUGUUGUGGCGGGAAACUGAAAAAUUGGGAACCAUGUGAUCGUGCAUGGUCAGAACACAGGCGGCACUUUCCUAAUUGCUUUUUUGUUUUGGGCCGGAAUGUUAAUAUUCGAAGUGAAUCUGAUGUGAGUUCUGAUAGGAAUUUCCCAAAUUCGACAAAUCUUCCAAGAAAUCCAGCCAUGGCAGAUUAUGAAGCACGGAUCAUUACAUUUGGGACGUGGAUAUAUUCAGUUAACAAGGAGCAGCUUGCAAGAGCUGGAUUUUAUGCUUUAGGUGAAGGUGAUAAAGUAAAGUGCUUUCACUGUGGAGGAGGGCUAACAGAUUGGAAGCCCAGUGAAGACCCUUGGGAACAGCAUGCGAAGUGGUAUCCAGGGUGUAAAUAUCUGUUAGAAGAGAAGGGACAAGAAUAUAUAAACAGUAUUCAUUUAACACAUUCAAUUGAGGAGUCUCUGGUGAGAAGUGCUGAAAAAACACCAUCAUUAACUAAAAGAAUUGAUGAUACCAUAUUCCAGAAUCCUAUGGUACAAGAAGCUAUACGAAUGGGAUUCAGUUUCAAGGACAUUAAGAAAAUAAUGGAGGAAAAGAUUGAGACAUCUGGAAGCAACUAUAAAUCACUUGAGGUUCUGGUUGCAGAUUUAGUGAGUGCUCAGAAAGACAAUGCACAAGAUGAAUCAAGUCAGACUUCAUUACAGAAAGAAAUUAGUGCUGAAGAACAGCUGAGGCUCCUGCAAGAGGAGAAGCUUUGCAAAAUCUGUAUGGAUAGAAAUAUUGCUGUGGUUUUUAUUCCUUGUGGACAUCUGGUCACUUGUAAACAGUGUGCUGAAGCAAUUGACAAAUGUCCGAUGUGCAACACAGUCAUUACUUUCAAGCAAAAAAUUUUUAUGUCUUAGUCUAACUACAGUAGGUGUGUUAUGUUCUUAUUACCCUGAUUGAAUGUAUGAUGUGAACCAACUUUCAGAAAUCAGCAUUGAAUUUCAUUAGCAUUUGCUACCAAGUAGGAAAAAACAUAAACUGCAGUGUUUACAGUUGGCAGUAUAAAAUUUGAAUUUCUGGAUUUUUCAGGAUUUUAGCUAUAUUAUUGUCCUAUUUUUUCACUGUUAUUUAAUUGAAACCCUAGACUGAGAAGCAUCAUAUUAAAACUGACUGCAGUGUGUAUCUGUGGUACACUGACUUAGUUUUCUAAAUGUUAGUGAAUUAAUCAACUGAAUUUUUCAUUCUUUUCAGAUAGGCUUAACAAAUGGAGCAUUCUGUGAAAACAUGGAGAUUAAUAUCCCCAAUCACAUAAUUUGUUUUGUGUGAAAAAGGAAUGAACUGUUCCACACUGGUAGAAAGAUAGAGAUUAUUUUUAGAUGUUUCUGUUUUAGUAGUCUGUCCAUUUUGUUUUAAAAUUAUAGUCAUGUACUUGGGUGAAUGAUUUUAAAAAAUAAUUUUGCCAUUGUUAAAAGGGUAUUUAAUGAUAGAAUACCAUUUAGCCUACAUGUACUGACAUGGAAAGAUAUCAAAGGUGUAUUAAGUGUAAAAUCCAAGUGGCAAAACACUAUGUAUAGAAUGAGCCAAAUGAAGGUAUGUGUGUUUUGUAUACAUAGAGAAAAGAUUUGGAAAGAUAGGCACCAAAUGUGGUUUCUUUUGAGGGGGGUGUGGGCAUGGGUCCCAGAGGGGCUGUACAGGGGCCUUUCACUUUCUACUCUUUUCAUUUUGUUCUGUUUGAAUUUUGUAUAAGUAUGUAUUACUUUUGUAAUCAGAAUUUUUAGAAAGUAUUUUACUGAUUUAAAGGCUUAGGCAUGUUCAAACGCCUGCAAAACUACUUACUGCUCAGCUUUAGUUUUUUUAAUCCAAGAAGGCAGGGCAGUUAACCUUUUUGGUGCCAAUGUGAAAUUUAAGUGUUUAUAUGUUUUUCCUGCUUUGUGGAUGAAAAAUAUUUCUGAGUGGUAGUUUUCUGACAGGUAGACCAUGUCUUCUCUUGUUUCAAAAUAAAUAUUCCUGAUUUUGUAAAAUGAAAUAUAAAAUAUGUCUCAGAUCUUCCAAUUAAUUAGUAAGGAUUCAUCCUUAAUCCUUGCUAGUUUAAGCCUGCCUAAGUCACUUUACUAAAAGAUCUUUGUUAACCCAGUAUUUUAAACAUCUGUCAGCUUAUGUAGGUAAAAAUAGAAGCAUGUUUGUACACUGCUUGUAGUUAUAGUGACAGCUUUCCAUGUUGAGAUUCUCAUAUCAUCUUGUAUCUUAAAGUUUUAUGUGAGUUUUUACCAUUAGGAUGAUUAAGAUGUAUAUAGGAAAAAAUGUCAAGUCUUUACCUAAAUUUUUUUUUAUUUCUUGUCUAGUAAUAGUAAUAGAUACCUCUGAAAUAAAUGUUCUUUGAGAUCCAUAAAAACCUCUUGGAAAUUAUAAAAUAUUGACAGGAAAAAAUAGUUAUUUUAAUAUUGAAGAGAAAAUAAAACUUGAGUAAGAAUCAAUACAGAUUUAAAAAAUUAAAGUUUAAAAAUGCUUCAUAGACCAGCCAGGCAAAGACUCUUGCAAUGACCUGUUGUCGAGGUGAGUGAGGCAUUUUACUGCAGAGAAAAGUUUGAGAAUGAAUCUGUUAAUUAUAUUUUUGUUGUAUUUUCUAAGAGAAAGAGUAUCGUUAUGUUCUCAAUCUCUGUUGAUGACUGCUUUGAUAUUCAUUUAAAGUAUUGCAAAUUUAAAUGAGAAUUUUUUUAAUUAAAUAAUGACUGCCCUGUUUUUGUUUUACUGUAUAAAUUCUCAGUUCUUUACCUUUGCACUUUCUUCCACUUAGGUUUAGUUAUAUAUUCGUUAAGUUAAAUUUUACAUGUAUAGCCUAAGCUUUAAAUUUAAACUUAAAUUACAAGGAGAGAAAAGUGUUCGUUUUAAAAAUGUAUUUUCCAAGACACGUCAGCACCAAGUUAGGUAGGUAGUUCAAACUAGUUGGCCAAGGACUGAAAUUGUUUUAACAUAAGGCUUUUCCAGUUCUGGGAGCCUCAGUUCAUUAAAACUCUUAAAACUUGUAUGUUUAGAGUUAAGCAAGACCUGUUUUUUUCUCCCCUUGAGUUGUGAAAUUUAAUGCAUGAAGCUGAUGUGGCUCACAAGUUUAUUUUAAGGAUUGUUUAUAAAUGCUGUUGCUUCUGGUUCUUAAAUCACUCAGCACUCCAACUUCUAAUCAAAUUUUUAAAGACUUAACCAAUGUUUGUCUGUAUUUGCACUAUAAAAAGCUCUGGAUCCUUCCCAUCGAAUGUGCAAAGAACGAUCACUUGCAAGGUCAAAAAUAUAGCCAGAUCCAAAUCUCUGCCUCCCCUUCCCAAAAUAGUUCUUAGUAUCUACAUGUAGACACUCCUUUUCUGUAAAGUUCACCCUAAAAUUUCAAAGGCACCACCUAUUUUACUACAUUUUAAUCAUGUGAAGAGUCAAAUCUUUUUGUAAUAAAAACUUAUCUUUACUCAUAAUAAUCUGAUGUGCUGAUCAAAAGCCUUGUCUUGAUUUUUGAGAAAUAGAUUUAGUGUUUAUACAGUAAAUUCCAAUUUAUUAACUAAUGGCUUUGUAUUGCCUUUCCUGCUAGAUUUGUGUUUGGUUUGGUUUGGUUUGGUUUUCCCAUUGGCUAGGGCCUCUGAUGGGGUAGGAUGGGUGUAGUGAAUGUAUAUAAUGUGAUUUGGCCCUGUGUAUUGUUAUUUUGUUGUUUUUGUUGUUAUAUUAUUUACGUGUUGGAAGUUUUUUCCCCGUUUUCAUUUUAGUGGAUAAAAUAGGUAUUUUGAACUCUCUGAAUGGAGACUACCACCACAGCAUUAGUAGCACGUAUUGUACACUUUAGACCCAUGUCAUUGUUUUAUUUCCUGAUUACUCACUUGUUGAAUAUGGGGGAAAGAGGUAGAGCAGUGGAAGAGAUAGGGUAGGUUGUGUAUCGUUUCCAUUAGAGAAAUAAGAAAACAGAAGGGAAUAUUUGAGAGAUAUGGUUAUUUUUAGCCAAAUUUAAAGAAACAAAAAAGAGGGCAGCCAUUUCUUUAUCUUUGAAAUGAGAAUACGUCCUGUCUUAUAAAGAAAGUUAUGAGUUCUGGCUCAGCGGUUACAAACCCGACUAGUAUCCAUGAGGACAUGGAUUCAAUCCUGUCCUCCCUCAGUGGGUUAAGGAUCUGGCCUUGCCGUGAGCUGUGGUGUAGGUCGCAGACGUAGCUCAGAUCCCAUGUUUCUGUGGCUAUGGUGUAGGCCAGCAGCUGUAGCUCCAAUUCGAACCCUAGCCUGGAAACUUCCAUAUGCCAGGGGUUCGGCCCUAAAAAGCAAAGGAAAAAACAAAACAAAAACUUCAAGCUACCUCUCCAGGGAGGUCUCAGAUGUUAAUUUUUUCAACUCUUCUUUCUUCUAUACCAUAACCUUCACUACAUAUUAAAUGACACUUUAUAACUGAUACUAUAGGACAAUCUUAACUACAUAUAACUUCAAAUUGUACAAUACUAAAUUAAUGUUUGGGUGGUAAGAUUCUAUUUUGAAGUCUAAAGUUUGCAGAAAUGUGUAUUAAUUUUUGGUAUUUACUACAUUCAUACUGUGUAUCAUUAAUGUGACAUUUAAAAUUACUAUAUAAGGAUAUUUUGCCAUUCUAUCUGUAUUUAGCAACAAAUUUGCAUUUUUGAUUUGAUCCAACAAAGGCUUUAAUGUAAUUUUUAUUAGAUAAUUUUGUGUUUUUUCAUUACUGCUGUAUUUUAUCUAACCUGACAGAAUGACUAAUUCUUAUGUCAUUGUAUUAGUGUUGUGAAUAAUCAUGUGAAAUAUUUGAAAUAGAGUACUUUAUUUGUGAAUAUAAUUUUAUGGCUGUUUUCAUUUAGUAGAAACCUUUCCAUCAGUAUGGAAAACCAAGAAAAUUGCUUUCUACUGUAUAAUCUGGCAGUCAUCAUAGAUUAAAGCUUAUUUUUCUGUGAAUAAAACUUUAUUCAAUAAAGCACUAUUCUUUAAAAUGA